AUGGCUGCGACGGCCACUGCCAACAAGGAUGGCGCGUCCAGCAUUUCCGUCACAGUUCGAGUGCGCCCUUUCACAAUACAGGAGGCCGCUCAGCUCACAAAGACCGACGAUGGACCUCUCUUCCUGGGCGAUGGCUCCCUGGCAGCUGUCGCGAAGCCCAAAUUUGGACAGAAGGGUUUGAGGCCGGUGAUCAAAGUGGUGGACGAGAAGUGCUUAGUGUUCGAUCCUCCUGAGGACAACCCCGUCCAGCGGUUCAGCCGCGCCGUCCUCCCUCAAGGCAAGCGCGUAAAGGAUCAAACAUUCGGUUUCGACCGAGUUUUCGACGAGAACACCACACAAGCCGACGUCUACGAAGCCACCACACGAAAUCUGCUCGACUCAGUCUUGGAUGGAUUCAAUGCGACAGUGUUCGCCUAUGGCGCAACAGGAUGCGGAAAGACACACACCAUUACUGGAACUGCGCAGCAGCCGGGAAUCAUCUUCAUGACAAUGCAAGAGCUGUUUGAGAAAGUCGAGGAAUUGAAGGAGACGAAGGAGGUCGAGGUCUCACUAUCAUACUUGGAGAUCUACAAUGAGAACAUCCGCGAUCUUCUCAAUCCGGACAUGGCCACGGCGAAGCAAGGUCUGAUGCUACGAGAGGACUCCAACCAGGCUGUGUCCGUCUCAGGCCUCUCCUCCCACAAACCGCAAAACGUGCAAGAAGUCAUGGAUAUGGUCAUUCAGGGAAAUUCGCAGCGAACACAAUCUCCCACAGCAGCCAAUGCGACAUCUUCGCGAUCCCACGCGGUGCUGCAGGUCAAUGUCUCCUCGAAAGACAGGAACGCGGACGUCCAUGAGCCGGUCACAUUUGCUACGCUGUCAAUCAUCGAUUUGGCAGGAUCUGAGCGCGCGAGUGCUACCCUGAAUCGCGGCGCUCGUCUACUCGAAGGUGCCAACAUCAACAAAUCACUUCUCGCUCUGGGAUCCUGCAUCAACGCUCUUUGCGAUCAGAGGAAACACAAUCACAUCCCAUACCGGAAUUCGAAGUUGACAAGACUGCUGAAAUUCAGCUUGGGCGGGAAUUGUCGGACGGUGAUGAUUGUGUGCAUCUCCCCCAGCAGCCAGCACUUUGACGAGACGCAGAACACUCUACGAUACGCCAACCGAGCGAAGAACAUUCAAACGAAGAGCGUGCGCAAUGUCUACAACGUGGACCGCCAUGUCAAGGACUACCUCAAGAAGAUCGACGAGCAAAUGGCGCGGAUCAACGAACUCACAGCACAGCAGAAGCAAUUCGAGGAGUUGGCUUUUGUCAAAUUCCGCAAAGCUGAGGUCAAGCGGCAAGAAAUUGCGCAAGAUGGUAUGCAGCGGAUUCGUGCAGCGUUUGAGCAUUCUCUGGCAGAACGCAACGAGCGGACGCAGAAUACCCGUAGACUUCGCCACACCGAGCGUCGCAUUGCUGCGAUAAGUGGCUGGAUCGGAGCUUUCGACCAAGUCUGCGAGACUCGUGAGGAUGAGGAGCCAUCAGCAGCGCUCACGUCGAUGCGGAAGACGGCGACUGGCAUUCUUGUGGAGUUGGAAGGAAGUCGGCAACACUACCACCAGCGUCUCGCAAAGAACAACUGGACUCGAGCGAUUGACACAGCGCUUCAAGAUGGGCUGCGUCAAUUGCAGAACAUCGAUGGAGCUGUUCCAAACUCCGCCGAGGAGAUGAGUCUGCGCAAGGAGGUGGAGCUGCUCAAGGGCCGCACCGAUAUCGAAAUGCAUCUUGCUGUUCUGGAGCAGGAUAAGACGGGCGAUGCUGGUCUGAUGCAAGUGAUGCUUUCUGCUCACUUCGAGACCAUUGCCAUUCUCAACCAAAUCGCACAAAUGACCGAAGAGGAAGCUAUGGCAGCUGGUCGCAGUGUUCUCGGCAAGCUACUGCAAUCCUGCACUGAAGCCACCGGCCAAGUCAUCAAGCCCGAUGGGGGCCUGCAAAUCACCGAAGCCAUGCCACCGACAAAGAGUGGAACUCCUCGCAAGAAGAAGCAGGUUCCUCUGAUGGGACCCAGUCCCUUGAAGAACAAGAUCCCGAGUCCUAGAAGGCGGCUGAAGCCCGGCGGUACUGCGCGCAGUAGAGUCAUGUUCAACAGCAAUGGCACACCGAAGAGGAAGUCUCCAUCAAAGAAACGUGCUGUGAAGUGGAAAGACGAAGACGUUGAUGGUGGCUCUCUGGUCGAAUUCCAGCCGACGCCGAAGCCCAUCGAGAGCUCACCUGCCGACUUCGCGGACACCGAGAACAACCCUCCGCCACCUCAAUUCUUCACGGACAUGGAAGGCGAGGACUCUUUUGACUCAUCGCCGCUUCCCAACCUCCCAGCUCCCAAGUCUGGCAACGGCCGCUUUGCAACCGGCUUCCUCGCUGCCAAGAAAUCGGACAACUCCUCACCUACAUCCACAGCGCCAAACCUUUCCCUUCCAAGCAUCCUCUCCUCCGACUCCGAGACAUCUCCUCUUCGUGAAAUUGAAGCAAACCGCGCUCCUCAUUCAUCAACAACUCUCACCCACCGCCCCAAAUCCCCAGACUCAUCCUCCGACUCUGGCGCCAGCGACACAAAUCCUAACAAUCUCGACAAAGACACCGCUCUCGCACUCCGCUCCGCCUUGAUCCAAAAUAAGAAGAAACGCUCCUCCUCCCUCGGUGGCUCAGCAAACCUCACCAACGGUCUCGGACGCCGCGAGUCCUCGACAGCAUAUAACAACGCCUCCGCAGCCGCGCACCGUCGCCGAUCGCCGACUGCUUCACAAUCCACUUCUCCCACGCAAUCUACCGAGGGAGCAGCUCAGGGUAUCUUCUCAGCAAGUCACGCGAGGAGGAUGGUGAAAGCGGAACAUCUACGCGACGAUGCGAAGAGUGUCCUGAGUCCGAGGGCGCAGAUUCGGCGUCCCGGCCGCCUCCCAAGCCGGGGUCAUCAUGCUGUCGAAAUCUUCUUUUGGGCAUCUAGAGAGGGAACAUCGUUGAGUGCCGUGUCCAUGUAG